AUGCUCAUGGACUUCCAGGACUCCUGGCGGAUUCAAACACGACGGGCUUGCACAGGCACCCUAGUGACCUACUACUACUACUACUACUACUACUACUACUACUACUACUACUACUACUACUACUACUACUACUACUACUACUACUACUACUACUACUACUACUACCACCACUACCAAAACCUCUCACUCGUGGAAGAGGCAACCUUGGAGCAAUCUGUUACGUGA